CACACAAUAGUUAGUCUUUACUCUUUUUUCUGAUGGUCACGUUAACUCCCUAUUUUUCCAGAACUAAGCUAAGAACUUGUAUCUCUCAUAAUGAGUUUCCUCUCGAAAUCAACUGUUCUGCUUCUGAUUGUGCUUUGUUGCACUAGCUUCACUUCAACAGAAGCGUAUGAUGCUCUUGAUCCAAAUGGGAAUAUCACAAUCAAAUGGGACGUCAUGGCCUGGACUCCUGAUGGCUAUGUAGCUGUCGUCACAAUCUACAACUACCAGCAGUAUCGCCACAUCGAAGCACCAGGUUGGUCAUUAGGAUGGACAUGGGCAGAGCACGAGGUAAUAUGGAACAUGGUAGGAGGUUUAACAACAGAGCAAGGAGAUUGUUCAAGAUUCCAAGGGGAAAUUCCAGUUUCCUGUAAGAAGAGUCCAACUGUUGUAGAUUUAUUGCCAGGAACUCCUUACAACCAACAGAUUGCAAAUUGCUGCAAAGGGGGAGUAAUCAGUUCACCGAUGCAAGAUCCUUCUAAUGCAGCAAGCUCAUUCCAGCUUGCUGUGGGUGCAGCUGGAACUACCAACAAAACAGUCAAGAUACCUAAGAACAUCACUCUGAAUACACCAGGACCUGGUUAUACAUGUGGCCCUGCAAAAAUUGUUAGACCUACUAGAUUUUUAUCUGCAGAUAAAAGGAGAGUCACACAAGCUUUGAUGACCUGGAAUAUUACAUGCACAUACUCACAAUUCCUGGCUCACAAGGUCCCUACUUGCUGUGUCUCCCUCUCAUCUUUCCACAACAAGACAAUAGCACCCUGCCCGACAUGUUCUUGCGGCUGCCGAAAAAACAAUCCAGUUUCAAGGGGUUGUGUAGAUCCAAAAUCACCUCAUGUUCCAGGUCCAGGCCAAAAGAACAUCAUCACGCCUCUUGUCCAAUGCACGAGCCAUAUGUGCCCAAUCAAAAUUCAAUGGCAUCUUAAGCUCAACUACAAGCAUUACUGGAGAGUUACGAUCACAAUUACAAAUUUGAAUUAUCAUAUGAACUAUACACAUUGGAACUUAGUUCUUCAGCACCCCAAUUUCGACAAUUUGACGCAGGUUGUCGGCUCUAAAUACAAAGCAUUAACUUCUCUUUCAACUACUAAUGAUACUGCCAUGCUGUGGGGAAUCAAGCACUACAACGACGUGCUGAUGCAAGCUGGUCGUUAUGGUAAAGUUCAUUUAGAGUUGCUUUUCCGAAAAGACAAGGCAACUUUUACUUCCAAGAAGGGCUGGGCCUUCCCUCAGAGAAUCUAUUUCAAUGGCGAUAGUUGUGUCAUGCCUCCUCCGGAUGCCUAUCCCCUGGUUGCCUAGUGCUAGUUCGGCCACCUUAAUUCCUCGCUCCUCGUUUAUUCUAAUAAUGGCUUUCUUAAAUUUCCAUUUUUGCGCUGGUUUACUUACGUAGACUCUCAAGGUUUACUACAAGACCUGGCAAUCUGCCUAAUCUGAGGGUGUAUUGGAAGCCAAUAAUGGCAAAGACAAUGGCUAUAUUACAUUAAUACAUCAUUGUAGUACUUCAAGCCAUAGAACAUUCAUGUGUCAUCUGCACAUGACAUAAAAGGAAUUUUAUAUCAAGUUCUGUUUCUGAUGCAA